AUGAAAACCCUCUAACAUCCCUAAAUUCAAUACGAAACCCCUAUAAAAUCCUAAUAAAAGCAGCCGAAACAAAAGCGAAUUUCAGUAGCGGGUCAUCAUUACGGUCAUGAUAACUAAUGUGUGUGUUAAAUAUGUACCUGUAAAAAACAUUAUUGCCCCCCUAAAGGUCCCGACUAUGCCCCCGGUAUAUUAAAAUCUACAAUGAAAAACGACUAUGAAAAAUAUAACUUAAAUCCCGAAGAUCCUACUAAACGUUCUUCCAAAAAAUAAUAUUAUUAGACAAAUUACGAUCCAGAAAUAUUAAAAACAACUAAUUAAUAGGCUUAUACACCUUUUAACCCUUAGCCAGUUUAAAGAAUAGCAAAAAGCUAAAAUAAUGAUAAUCAAAUAAAAAUUCCUUUUAAUGGAGAAAGUACCUAUAAAAGCAACUAUUAAAAGGCAAAUACUAAUUUAUAUAGUAACCCUUAGGUUAGUAAAUAGGUAAAUGAAAAACCACAUAUUCCAUUCAAUGCAUCUACAACUUAUAAAGAUAAUUUCGAUAAAAAUGCAAGUAUUAAUAAUUAUAAUAAUAAUGGACCAUUCCCUUCUUAAUAAAAGUAAACUAAUACCAAUAUUAACUUGCCUUUUAAUGGACAUUCUACUUAUAAAUAAGAGUAUUAGAAGUAUAAUAUACAUCCUGAUAAUAAUGAAAAUAAACAGAAUAUGAAAAAGUCUUAAUAAUAAGUACCUUUUUAUGGAUAAUCUUCUUAUAAAGAAGAUUAUAAGAAAUUUGGCAUGGAUUAAUAUAAAAAAGAAAGAUGUUUGAUUUAUGAUUAUCCAGAAAGACCAAGAUUGUGCUCACCUGGAAAAAGUCAUCUUUAUUAUCAUGCAGAAUAAGAUAAUUGGGAUUGA